GACAGGCGUUGUGUAUUGUUUGUAAAAAGUAAAUAAAUAAAUAAAUAAAUAGGUAAAGCCGUUAUGGCUUGGUUUGUUUUAUGAAAUAUACUUAAUUUAGGUCUUUGUAACAAAGUUACUGCGCCAUAUUGUGCUAGUUAGCCGGGUUUGGGCGUGAGAAAGGAUGGAGCUGGUUUGCUAGCUUGCCUGCUAAGUGCUAAUGUUGCUAGUCUCAUACAUAGCGUCUGUUACCAACCGAGUGUGCGUGCACGCGCGUGCGCGUGUGUGAGAGAAAACUAACGGAACAAACCCCUGGGAUGCGGCUUAUAACAUUCCUUCACUUCUUGGGGUGGAGCGGUGCUUGAUUUAGGAGGAGAAAGGGUUAACUUCCCUCAUUUCCCUGCAAGGUUAACACCUUUACAUGCACAGAGCAGGGAAACAUGAGUACUGGGAAGCCAAGUGGUCUCAAGCCACCUACUAAGAUCAGUAGGCCUAGCUCUGUACCAACCAAGACCUCCCCUCCUUCAGCCACUGCAAAAACUUUAACUUCUCCAGGUCCUGGCGCUUCAGUUGUUAAUGACUCAGUGGCAGAGUUUAUUGUCGGCGAACGCGUAUGGGUGAACGGAAAUAAACCAGGAUAUGUUCAGUUUAUCGGUGGUACCCAGUUUGCGCCAGGCCAAUGGGCAGGCAUUGUUUUGGACGAGCCUAUAGGAAAGAACGAUGGCUCUGUCGCUGGAGUGCGCUACUUCCAGUGCGAGGACUUGCGAGGCAUCUUCACCCGGCCUUCCAAACUGUCCCGGACUCCUCUUCCAGAGUGUGAGGCCAAUGGUGCGCCAUCUUCCAUCAGCCAGGCGUCAUCUGCUCCUGUUCCUACUGCUGCUGCUGAUGAAGGCCAAGCCACCGCUGCUACUAAGCCCUCAACAAACCUGGCCACAGCAGCCAGCGGUUCUGUCUCCAACCUGUCUGAGACAGAUUCGACCAUGAAGGGAAAACGGGAGCUGAAGCUGGGUGAUCGUGUGCUGAUUGGGGGAACGAAGGCAGGCGUUGUGCGCUUCUUGGGCGAAACGGAUUUUGCUAAAGGGGAAUGGUGUGGGGUGGAGCUUGAUGAGCCACUUGGCAAGAAUGAUGGAGCAGUGGCUGGUGCCAGGUAUUUUCAGUGUCUGCCAAAGUAUGGUCUGUUUGCACCAACACAUAAAGUGACUCGCAUCGGUUUCCCUUCCACCACCAAAGCCAAAAGCUCAAGACGCAGGUCCACUCUGCAGCAUAGCCCCAGCGCCUCUUCAGUCAGCUCACUGAGCUCAGUCACCUCUUCUGUAGGAGGAAAACCCAGUCGCGCAGGCCUGCUGACAGAGACCUCAUCCCGCUAUGCACGAAAGAUCUCAGGGACUACGGCCCUGCUGGAGGCUCUGAAGGAGAAACAGCAGCACAUCGAGCAACUCUUGGCUGAGAGGGAUCUAGAGAGAACAGAAGUGGCCAAGGCAACCUGUCACGCCGGAGAGGUGCAGCAGGAGCUGGCCUUGCUCAGAAAAGGCCAGGAACAGUAUGUUCUUGAGAUGGAGGCUAAACUCGACCAAUUACGCAGGCUUGUAGAAACUGCAGACAGGGAAAAAGUGGAGUUGUUAAAUCAGCUUGAAGAAGAAAAAAGGAAGGUGGAAGAUCUUCAGUUCCGUGUGGAGGAAGCUUACAUUACCAAAGGUGACUUAGAGGUGGCCACAGUGUCUGAAAGGUCCCGGAUCAUGGAGCUAGAGAAGGAAGUAUCAGAGCUGCAGCUACGCCUUCGAUCUCAGCGAGCAGAAGCUGGAUCAGGCUCACCUCCAUUACAGGACAAAAAGGUUAGGGAGCUGAGCAAUGAGCUGGAGGCCAGACACAAGGAGGUGCUGCUCCUCCAACAGAGACUCAGCUCCUCUCAUCAGGAGAACACUUCCCUUCAGCAUCAGCUUGAUGAUUUGCUCAUUUGUGUUUCAUUAUCACAGAAGAAAAAGCUUGAUACAGAAGCUGAAGAAAGUAAAAAAAUUGCACUCUCCAUACAAGAGCUGCAGAGUAACAUGCAGGCAGACAAGGAACAACUGGAGCAGCUACGCAGCGAAAAGCAGAAGCUGGAGGAGGAAACAGCCUCGAGGAAACAGCUGGACCAACAACGGAAUGAGGAGCACAAGCAACAGGAGAAGGAGCUGCAGGAGAAACUAGACCAAGUGGAGCAGGAGUUGAGCAAAGUGCAGCAAAGGAGCACUGAGCUGGAGCAGAAGGUGGUUGAGCUGCAGAUGUUCAAGGACAAAACCCAGAGUAUCCAGUCUGCAGACACUCUCAAACAACUAAAAGAAAGAAAUCAAGAGCUGCACCAGGAGAUAAUGAUGGCACAAAAUCUGGACUGCUUGAGUCAAGCGAGACCUCUCCUACAAACAAAAUUGCAUGCAAAGCUUGAAGCCCUGAAGCAGCAAAACUCCAAAUAUCAUGAGGAGCUUACCGUAUGCAAAGAGCAGCUCACUUCUGAGAACCAGCGCAUUGGAAGCCUGUGCAAAGAAAUUGAGGAGCUGAAGCUCUCAGCCAAUCAGAAGUCAUUGAGGCUUGUAACACUCCAGGAAGAAAAUGGGAAGUUGUCUCAGAAGCUGGACAGCAGUCGACAGUUCAAGGGUGAUCAUCUGCCUCCGGACAACCAGUCGGAGAUUAGGGAGAGGGAAAACUUCAACACUUUAAUAUCCGAGAAAGACAAAGAAUUAGAAGCAUUAAGAAAUGAGAUUGCAGUGUUGCGUGGAGAGAAUGCCGUGGCUAAAACACUGCAGGCAGCGGUGGAGUCUCUGGAACGGGACAAGGUGAAGCUGCAGAGCAGAGUGCACAGCCUCGAACAGAAGCUGGAGGGCGGACAGAGUGAUAUCCAGGAGGUGAAUUCCUCAGAUGCUGCCGCUAUAAGCCAGCUCAGAGAAGAGAAGGAGUUUGCUGAGGGACAGAUCAACUUCCUCAACUCAGUCAUCGUAGAUCUUCAGAGGAAGAACGAGGAACUGAAGGUGAAGCUGAAGAAAAUGGUCUUGGCUGAGUUCACUGGGAAUGACGAGAACAAUGGUUUGGGUGAUGUCAAGAAGAAGAAGAAAGCCCCACCACGUGUCUUCUGUGACAUCUGUGACUGUUUUGACCUGCACGAUACAGAAGACUGUCCCACCCAAACGCAGUCUCCCGAUUCGCCUCCUCACAGCACGCAUCAUGGCAACCGCAGAGGAGAACGGCCCUACUGCGACAUCUGCGAGGCGUUUGGUCACUGGACAGACUCCUGUAACGAUGACCAAACCUUUUAAACCUUUGUUCUGAAAAACAGGCAAAGCACAAAAUAUUUUGACGUAGGUAAGCUCUUAUUUUUGUAUGCUCUAUGUGUGAUCUAAAGCAUUCCUGUCAACUGAAGGCAACGUGAUGCUACUUUAUCGGAAGGUAAAGGUGAGACGUCCUGCUUGUGCUUCAUUAAUAUCAUUUUGUGUGUAGCGUAGAUCAUAUUUUGACAGUGAUCUGACCUCCUUGUGAUAAAUGAACACUUAUCCACGGGCUCAUGAAAGUUUUUGCGCCAAAAGACGUUUAAGCUGACCAAUAGUAAAUUAUUGCACUGCUCACUUUAAAUGCAUUCCUUGUUACAUAAUGAGAACAUAUUUUUAGCUGCCAGUUGUCUAAGUUAUUCUUUUAUAUUCAAUGUCAAAAAGAGGUAGAGACUCUGUCUUAUGAAUGGCUUUUUAAGUGUUUUUACAUUGUGUACUAAAAUGAGUAAAACACAACUUUGCAUCACUCUGUAUAGCUGUAAUAUUUAUAUUAAAGACAGCAUUUACAAAUUAACUUGUUAAACUCCAAAAAAACAAAACGAAACAAAGAUUUUCGGGUUUCUGCAAUUUCAUAUUAUGCAAAGAUAACUGUAUGUUUUGGGGCAUUUUUCCUUUGUUUAAAUGACAUUAUAUACACGGCAGGCCAAAAGUACCGAAGCAGAUUGAAGAAAUUGAAACCAGAACCAUACCAGCAUAAACCUCAUGAAAAGACGCCUUGAAUAUAUCACUGUUAUUAGAGCUAAAGAAGAAGAUAUUGAUGAUUAUAAUGUUGAAUUGAAGUAACGUCUGUAAAAAUCGGAUGUAGUGUACUGAUGUACAGUAAUGCUGCAGACAUUUCUGUCUUUUGUUACUGUAAAUAUUUAUAUUUGUGUCAGUUACCUCUAUUCGUUUAUACACCGACUUCCAUACUUGUGGCCUGUGGUGUCUUUCAUCGGACAGUUGCAGACUGUCCAAUGAUCCAAAUGUUUCUAAAAACAGCAAAAUAUAAUUCACUAAUAUUCUAACGUUACAAGAGUCUGUAAUUAUUGUACUGUUCAGGAAGUGUAUACACACUAAUUCUAUAUAAAUCAUAAUGAACAAA